AUGUCCGGUGCCACAUCUGACGACAUGGGUUGCUGCCGCGUUUGGUUCAUCACCGGUUGCUCUCAAGGCCUCGGCCGUGCGCUUCUCGAGGAGGUGCUCGCAUCUGGCGAGCGCGUCGUCGCCACUGCACGGAAUCCUCAGUCCCUACACUCGUUGGCGAUGCGCUAUCCGAAGCUACAACUCUUGGUGCUGGCAUUAGACGUCACGGACCGGACACAGAUCUCCGAUGCCUUCAGGUCUGCAAAAGCGCACUUCGGCCAGGUGGACGUGGUGGUCAACAACGCCGGGUACGGGAUCCAGAGCGAGAUCGAGGCGACACCGGAAUCCGAGGCGCGUCGCAUGAUGGAGACUCUCUAUUGGGGCGCGGUGCACGUCACUCAGGAGGCUGUCUCGAUAAUGCGCGACGUGAACCAUCCACACCAAGGCGGCCUUAUCCUGAACAUCAGCUCUAUAGGCGGGUACAUCGGGAACGCGACUCGCGGAUUCUACAACUCGGCGAAGUUCGCGCUCGAGGGCUUUACGGAAGCGUUCAACAAGGAGAUGCUCCCCGAGUGGAACAUCCGCGCCGUCAUCAUCCAGCCCGGCGGCUUCAACACCGAGUGGGGCGGCUCCUCGAUGGCGUACAACAAGCCGCACGCGCUCUCGGUCCAGUUCCGGCAGAUGACGAAGGGCAAGAGCGUGUUCAACGGGGACCCGUGCAAGGCCGCGCAGGCGAUCAUGCAGGUCGCGGACAUGCGCGAAGCGCCGCUGCGCGUCCAGCUCGGCACGGACGCGCUGAUGCUCGUGCGGAGCAAGGCGCUGCAGACGUUGGAGGACACGUACAGGCACGAGGCGUUGGCGCAUUCUACGAAUGCGGAUGGGGUGGACAGAGAGGCGGUCAUGGCGAAGCUGGGCGCGGUGAGGGCGUGA